UUGGAUUGAAGUGACUGUAGUUAUUAUAAAUGAUUACAUUAUUAUAUGGCAAUGAUCUCGCUCAAUGCAAAUGGUUGUUAAUCCGCUUUGGAUCAGUGGGAGGGGAGGGCAGCCCAGGUUUGUGGGCUGCAGUGAAGUGGUGACGCGCGAUGUGCCCAGGAAGUAAGUGCCUGUAUGGUCAUUAGAGGAGCUGAGAGACAGAGGGAGGCUCAGCGGCUCACAGUGAUCCAGAGUAUGGCAGAAUUGUCACCAUCUGGAAUUCAGAGCCACCUUGGAGAACACUGCCAUGUGGAGCCCGCUCAAAGUCAGAUUCCACCUGGAGGAGAAACUCCCUCUAGUGAGGAGACCCUCACCGAUGAGAAGCCCCCCAGCAAUGAGGAGACACCAGCAUCAGUUGUGUGCCCAUUCUACCUACAAGGGCGUUGCAGGUUUGGAGAGCGAUGCCGAAACCUACACCCCCCGGGGGACAGGACAGCCCCCAGGAAGGCGAUGAAAGUUUCAGGUGGUGAAGAGGGAAGGAAGAAGCCACCCAUGAAAACUGCAGCAGACGUGAUCUCGCGGGUUCAGUGGGAUGACACACUGCAGCGCGAGCACUUCCGAAUCGGGUACCUGGACCGCUUUCUGGGCAUUCUUGAGCAGCCGUUCGAGGCUUUCUGUUGGGAAGACUUGGCUGGGGUCGCGCCUGGGGUCUUGGCUGUGCCUGAGCACCGCAUCCAGUAUUUUACCUACCGGGGCGUUGUGGUUUGGGAUAAAACGCGCCGCAUCGACCAGGUAUUUGGCUCCACUGGUGGAGGGAAGACAAUGUCCGACGUGAUCAACGCAUGUGAGGUGUUAACAUUGGCCGAUCAGGAGGUAUCGAGCGCCGGGGCAGAGGACUCUGGGGUUGAAGCUGUGGGGGGAGUAAGCACCAGUGCUGAGCAGGAGGAAAGUAGCAAUGGUGAGGAGCACUGCACUGCUGAUUGCGGACGCCCCAAUUACUUUGUUGCCGUGCAGGUUAACAGCGAGAGUUUCACCAGGUCAGCCCGGACUGUGCAGGAAGAGCUGACUCGGCGUAUCCCAGGUUUUGGCCCCUACUGCCUCCCAGUCUCCAGUCUACAUUUGACGUUGGUGCUCCUGAGGCUGGACUCCCCCUCUGACCUGGAUUGCGCCUGCCGGGUGCUGCGUGAGUUUCCCCAGGAAGGUCAGCGACUGCUUCCACCCACUCUCAUCCUUCAUUUCCAGGGGCUGAACACUUGCGCUGAGGGUCGGGUCCUGUAUGUGGCCACAACACCAGCGCCUGAGAUAGACCGCUUGGUGAAGACCUUGGGCCGACGUCUGACUGAGCAUGGCUUGAACGUGAUCUUCCCAAAGCCACCAAUUCCUUUACAUGUGACUCUGGCCAAGGCCCCCAGAGGCCACUCACUGGAGCUGCCCAGGCUAGGGCUCUUCCCAGAGGUCUACCCGGACCUUGGGAACGUGGAUUUUGAGGCCAUGCCCAUUGAUGAGCUCUGCUUGUGUUUUGCAAAAACAGGUAGGAGAUACGAUGGGUUCUUCAGCACCCCACUAGUUGUCCAGCUUCAUUGAAUUUGCUUCUGUUUUCACAGUAGAGGAAGAUGACCCGUAUUACCAGGGAACCUAAAAAUAAGCCAAUGAGAAACACUAAAUGGUUUUAUUAUAAAUAAAAAAUGAUAAUGGAGAAAAUAAUGAGACUAAAUGUAGACAAAUCUGCAGGACCUGAUGGAUUCUGCUCCAGUGUAUUAAAAGUAAGGGAGGAAAUUGCAGAUGCAUUCGUCAAAAUUCUCCAAAGCUUCAGAUAUUGGAAAUUGUGCCCUUGGAUUGGAAAAAUGCCAAUGUCACCCCAUUCUUUAGGAAGGAAGGGAGAGAGAAACCAGGUAACUACACACCAGUCAGCUUCACUUCAGUUGUUGGGAAGUUCCUGGAAUCAAGAUGAAGUGUAUACUUUAUGGAAAUUACAACUGUCCUUACUCUGCUGUUUCCCUUAAAGAUAAAGAGCAACUACCUGAUUCUGUUAUCUUCCUCCCCAUCCCCCAGAACUCCUCCCAUGUCAUCCAUCUACAGUACUUCCAAAUUGUAUCACAGUAAUAUCCUUUUUUUAAAAAAAGCAAAAACAGUGUGUACAAAUAUUUUGUUAAUUUUCUCUUCACUGACAUAUAUUGCAGGAGGAACAAAAUUCACCGAACAGAAAGAGUUUUUUUUAUUGCAAAAUGAAAUUUUGCAAAAUUGCA